AUGGCCAACACAAGAUCACCGGGCGGGCGGAGAGCCCGGCCGGCAUGGACCGUCUUCAUCAGCCCCGAGAUGCCGGAUGCCAUGCGCAUGAGCGUCGAGGUAUGCGUCCGCGUCAUGGGCGGCAACGUUGCUGCCAGCGUCGACGAGGCCAUCGCGGCCGAGGGCACGCCCAACGGCCAUGGCGCGACCAACGAAGGCUACAUCGUGUGCUUGUCAUCUGCGUACGAGACGUACGUCAAGGCGCGCGCGAGCCACUACAUACCGAUCGUGACGCCAAUCUGGGCCUUCCGCUCCGUCUUGCACAACGCGCAGGUGCUGCUACCGACCGAGAAGUUCUCGGCCAACCCACGCAAGGUCUUCUCGUCCAUCGUACUCUACACGUCGCAGGUCGAGCCCGAGCCAAGCAAGGUUCUGCGAACGCUCAUUACGCAUAGCGGCGGCCAAGUGCUCUCGCACCCGAGUCGGUCCGCGACACACAUGCUCUGCCUUCGACCGGAAGGCGACGCGUUCCAGCAGGCGCUCGACUGGGACGCGGAGGGCGCGACGCUGCAGACCGAUACGCUAUCCGACGAAGACGUGCUCCGCGCUGCGACGAGCUACGUUGCCACGAACGUUCAUGGACCGAUCCCCGACUCUGUCUUGGCCUAUAUCAUUGGCCAAAGCCACUUGACCAAGCACCGCAUCGUCAACUACCUCUGGAUCUACGAGUGCAUUCGCGUGAAUCAGCUGCUGCCCGA